AUGCGCAAGCGUGCGCGCCUGGCACUGCUGCAGGCGCGGAUGCCUUGGCUGCAGCCCAGCUUCGUGCCCUUCACGGACCAGGACUGGCAAGAGGUGUCGCGGCGCUCUCGGACGCCUUUUUCCAAGGAGGUGAAAAUCAAGGAGGUGUCCAAGACGGCGGAGACGGAAGUGCCCCAGAAGGUCUUGGUCUGCGGGCCCUCCAAUGCCUCCAUCGACGAAGUCUUGCGACGCAUCGACCGGGAUGGAAUCGUGGACGUGCGCGGCGAGCGCGAUCGGCCCUUCAUGCUGAGGAUGGGUCCCAACUGCCACCCGGACGUGGAGGAGUACAGCAUCAAGCGGAUGGUCGACAAGCGGCUCAAGGCCAGCUGA